ACCCUACAUCUUAAACUACAUGUAACCACCACAUACGUGAGGUCAGUCAAAGUGAAGAAGCUACCUACAUAUACACUUAACUACCCGAUACACACAAACUUCAUGGCUCACAGAAUGGCGCCGCCUAGAUCAGCUUUGGACUUUCUAGACUUCGUCAACGCCUCUCCAACACCAUACCAUGCCGUUCACAACUCUAUCGAGAGGCUGGCAAAGGCUGGUUUCGCUCCUGUAAGGGAACGCGAUAACUGGUCUUCUACCCUCCGACCCGGUGGAAAGUACUAUAUGACCCGGAAUGGCUCGACUAUCGUAGCAUUCGCUAUAGGCGCCAAGUGGAAGCCUGGAAACCCAAUCGCCAUGCUCGGUGCUCACACGGAUUCUCCAUGUCUGCGUAUAAAACCCGUCAGCAAGAAGAGCAGCGUUGGGUUUCUACAGGUUGGCGUUGAGACCUACGGCGGUGGCAUCUGGCAUAGUUGGUUCGACAGAGACCUGUCCAUUGCCGGUCGUGCCCUGGUUAAGGAUGGAAAGGGGAAUUUUGUUCAGAAGCUCGUCAACGUUGACCGUCCCAUUAUUCGUAUUCCUACUCUCGCCAUUCACCUUGAUCGGUCAUCCGAGUUUAAUCCUAAUAAGGAGACUGAACUAUUUCCCAUUGCCGGUAUGGUAGCUGCUGAGCUGAAUAGGACCGGCCAAAACGAAGCCCCUAAGCCGUCAGGUUCGAAGCAAGAUUCCGAAGACGAAGAGACAUUCCAGCCACUAAAGGAGAUAACCGACCGUCACCACCCGUACAUUAUCGAGCUGAUUGCUGAACACGCAGGGGUGCAGGUGACUGAUGUAGUCGAUUUUGAAAUGGUUCUCUACGACGUCCAAAAAUCUUGCCUUGGCGGGUUGAACGAGGAAUUUAUCUAUUCAGCCAGGCUAGAUAACCUAAACAUGACAUACUGCAGCGUAAUGGGAUUGAUAAACUCGGUCUCCUCUCGAACCUUGGAUGACGAGACCAGUAUUCGCUUAAUCACUUGCUUUGACCACGAAGAAAUUGGCUCGACAUCAGCCCAGGGCGCAAACUCAGAUUUAUUACCUGCUGUUGUCCGCCGACUGUCCAUUCUUGCUGGUAAAGGGCACGGGGAUUCGGCAUCUGACAAGUCAUGGGAGCAUAUUAGUUCGGAUCCUGAGAUAGACUUGUCAACUGCUUUUGAGCAGACGAUGGCGGCAUCGUUCCUAGUCUCGGCCGAUAUGGCUCACUCAGUUCACCCUAAUUAUGUUGGUAAAUACGAGUCAAACCAUCAGCCAGAAAUAAACAAAGGUGUUGUGAUCAAGAUCAACGCAAACCAACGCUACGCCACGAACUCUCCUGGUAUCGUUUUAUUGCAGGAGGCAGCGAAGCAUGCAGGCGUGCCCUUACAGCUAUUCGUCGUUAGGAAUGACUCGCCUUGCGGUAGCACUAUCGGACCUAUGCUAUCUGCUAAACUUGGCGUUCGCACUUUGGACUUGGGUAAUCCUCAGUUAAGCAUGCAUAGCAUCCGCGAGACGGGAGGAACUUAUGAUAUUGAGCAUGCGAUCAAGUUAUUUGAUGGGUAUCUGUCACACUACUCAGAUCUUGAGGCUAAAUUAUUUAUUGAUUAGGUCGACAUACCCCAUAGAGCUGUGACAGGACAUAGUCAUAAAGUCUAUACUUUUACAAACCCC